CUCGCUAGGGUUUCCAUUCCCAGGAGUUGAGGGAGGCGGCGAGGAGGAAGGAAGAGAAGAUGGUGAAGUUUCUGAAGCCGAACAAGGCGGUGAUCAUCCUGCAGGGGCGGUUCGCCGGGCGAAAGGCGGUGAUCGUGCGGGCCUUCGACGACGGCACGCGAGAGCGGCCCUACGGCCACUGCCUGGUGGCCGGCAUCGCCAAGUACCCGAAGAAAGUUAUCCGCAAGGACUCAGCGAAGAAGACGGCCAAGAAGUCGCGGGUGAAGUCGUUCCUGAAGCUGGUGAACUACAGCCACAUCAUGCCCACCCGCUACACCCUCGACGUCGACCUCAAGGAUGUCGUCACCAUCGACUCCCUCCAGUCCCGCGACAAGAAGGUCACCGCUUGCAAGGAGACCAAAGCUCGCCUUGAGGAGCGCUUCAAGACCGGCAAGAAUAGAUGGUUCUUCACUAAGCUCAGGUUCUAAUCUAUAGAAGCCUUCGCUAUUUAGUUCCAUCGGUAAUGCCGCUAAUGUUACUGCAAUUUUCCCCAUCAAAUGUGAGACAGUUGUGGACCUGCUGAGACUCUAUAUUCUAGUAUUUCGAUUUUGAUGGCACUUCA